GGGGGCUGAGAGCAAUGUCUAUUCUACUCGAGCUUGCAAAGGAUAAAUAUCACUAGAUUCGCACUGUGGAAAAGGACAUUGCUCAGAUCCAAGCAAGAAUAUCCCACAAUAACUCAACCAGAAACAACGUCCUCUACACCACGCUCAGUCAAAACGGCGGCAAGAAACAUAUCCAGUAUGACACAGAAAAUAAUCACUGUUUUCGGUGCGACAGGCAACCAAGGUGGUAGCACAGCCUCUGGCAUCUUCAACAGUCCAGAGCUAUCGGCCAAGUACAAAGUCAGGGCUAUCACUCGCGACCCCACCAAGCCAUCAGCUCAGGCUCUUGCCUCAAAGGGCGCAGAACUUACAAAGGCAGACUUGAACGAUAUCGACAGUGUUCGUUCAGCGAUCGCCGGCUCAUACGGCGUCUUUGCGGUCACAAACUAUUGGGAAACCAUGUCCAAGACGGUCGAGUAUCAGCAGGGAAAGAAUAUCGUCGACGCCUGCAAGGAAGAAGGCAUCAAACAUCUCAUCUGGUCAAGCCUCCCGAACGUGACGAAGUUGACAAACGGCGAACUGUCCAAGGUGGAACAUUUCGACUCUAAAGCCGAAGUGGCCGAGUACGCAGAGCAGACCAAAGGCGACAUGCUCGUGUCAUACUUCAUGCCUGGCUUCUUCAUGUCCAACUUGACUGGACAAUUUCAACCAGACAAGGAGACUGGUGUCAUCGCGAUCAGUCAGCCUUGGAAGCCUUCUGAGACCUGGAUUCCCAUGCUCGACAUCCAGAAGGAUACGGGAUUCUUUACCGUUGGGUUACUCGAGGCCGGAGCACAAGCUAAUGGCGUCUUUGUUCAAGGUGUAAGCGAGUGGAUGCAUCCGAAAGACAUCACUGAUCAAUUAUCGCAACUCACUGGCCGUGAAGUCAAGUUCGUCGAACAACCCGCGAGUGUGGAAUCGGCAGCGAAUCUGGGGAACAAGAUCGCGGAAGAACUGGCGCAAAACAUGCUCCUGAUCAGAGACUAUAGUUACUUUGGCAAAGGUGCGCAGGACAAGCAGGCACAGAGCGACAAGUUCUUGGUUUCGGGUGCGCAGAAGACUACUUGGAAGAAGUUCGCUCAAGGUAUCAAAUGGCAGUGGUAGUGGUGGUGCUCGGUGCUUAAGAUGCACUCACUCUCAAGAUAACAGUCCGAACGAAUCGAGCUCAUCUCUAAAAUCAUCGUUCGCCCUGAGUAGGCCGCAUUAAUAGCGUCAGUAUAUUUCUAACCUACAUACGGAGUACUAUAAUUCAAGUAGGCUCUGCGAGAAGGUCAUAUGCGCAGGGACAAAUCUG